AUGUCCCCGUCGCGACUCCUGCGACCGUCUGUGUUUCUAAGUCUCUCGGCAGCGGCUCUCGCGCGUGCACCUUAUUCCUUUGCUGCUUCGUCGACGGUCGCGUCUGGAAUGGCCAGCCGUAGCAGUAGCACGUGUGGCAGUAGCCCGGGCGUGGCGAAGCUGUCGGAAGAAGAGUGGAAGAAGCGGCUGACGCCAGUGCAGUACCAAGUGCUGCGGCUCAAGGGCACGGAACGAGCGGGCACGGGAGUGUACAACAAGCACGAACAGACGGGCGUGUACGUGUGUGCGGGCUGCAAGACGCCGCUGUAUUCGUCGACGACCAAGUUUGACUCUGGCUGCGGCUGGCCCGCGUUCUACGAUGCGAUGCCCGGGGCCAUCCGGACUAUUCCCGAUGCUGAUGGACGUCGGGUUGAGAUUGUGUGUGCCAAGUGUGGCGGUCACAUGGGUCACGUGUUCAAGGGCGAGGGGUUCAACACGCCAACGGAUGAGCGCCACUGCGUGAACAGCGUGUCGCUCGUGUUUCAUGACAAUGAGGUGCCGCCUCAGUAA